AUGGCACCUUUAUCUAAACGUGCUAACGCGGAUAAAGCUGUUGCUUCUACUUCUUCUACCGGUUCUACUGCUGCUGCCGGUAAUACUGCUCCUGCCGGUUUUUCUACUGCUGCUGCCGGUAAUACUGCUCCUGCCGGUUCUACUGCUGCUGCCGGUAAUACUGCUCCUGCCGGUUCUACUACUAUGCUGCCUGCUGCUGAGGUUGCGAAAAUGAUGCCAACGCUGUGCGUGUUUGAGCCAUUCGACUCUACUAAAUCUAAUUUCGAUAGAUGGCUGGAACGUCUGCAAAUUUCUUUUCGCAUUAACCACAUUGCGGAAGAGGACAAACGCGAUCAUUUGCUCCAUUACAUGGGUGGUCCUACAUACGACGUGCUUUGUAAUAAGCUACAAAAUUCUGCACCGCAUACUAAGUCAUUUGAUGAGAUCGUAAGCUUGCUGAAAAACCAUUUCAGUCCUACACCGUUGGAAAUACUAGAAAACUUCAAGUUUGCUAGCCGCAAGCAGAUGGAUCAAGAAUCAUUAAGUGCUUACUUGAUGGAAUUGGAAAAAUUAUCCCAAACAUGCAAUUUUGGGAACUACCUGGACAAAGCUCUACGGAAUCAGUUCGUAUUUGGGAUCCGGAAUCGCGUGAUAAAGUCCCGAUUGCUAGAGGUUCGCGAUUUGACAUUAGUAAGAGCAAAGGAAAUCGCUUUUAGUAUGGAAAUGUCUCACCGUGGUACUGAUGAGAUGCACGGAUCGCAUAAAACGGAAGUACAACAUAUUGAACAUGGUGCAAAAAAGACUAAGAAAAAGGCUCUACCAUCGAUGGCACAAAAGAAUAUUGGACUUCACACAGUUAACCGGAAUACACAACGGAAAGCAUGUUUCCGAUGCGGUGAUCCUGAUCAUAUGGCGGAUAAGUGUAAACACAAAACCACCGUCUGCAACGGCUGCAAGAAAAAAGGUCAUCUGGAAAAAGUAUGUUUGUCAAAGGACAAAAAGAAGCCGGAGAAUACGCAUCAUUUGGAGGAGUCGCGGGUCAUCAAAAGCGUUUUUCACCUCAGCGCAGGAAAUGCUGGUCCAACGGCCGAGGAGGGCAAUGCAACCGCAGGUUCAGCAAACGGUGGCAAUGAGCAACAGCAGCUGGGUGGUAAAUCGGUGGCGACGGCUCCCGGGUCGGCUACGAUGGUAUCGAACGCGUCCACCAUGGUCACCACCAGCGGGGCAACAAUUCUAAGCGGGCUGGAAAAGUCCGGCGUUACCAUCUCGGCCGAAGCAUCCCGUGCGCUGCAAUCUCACGCCCUGCAGAUCGCUCAUUCGCAGAUCGUAACGACCAGCCAGAGUCCGGCCACCGUUACCGUGGCCACCUCACAGCAUCAACAGCAGCAACAGCACAGCAACAUCAUCCUGGUCCGUGGUUCACGCUCCGAAAACGGGCAGAUUAUACUGCAAAACACGCACGAACUGUUGAGCCUGCUGAGCGAUGAGGAUAAGCCGAUCUUCCUGCAGCACCAGCGUCUCACAACGAACAGUGCCGGUGCGACCAUCACGAAGGCACACGCUACCAAAACGCUGACCGAGUCCGGUACCGGUGGGGCUAGUACGAUCCUGUUCCAGCCGGCCAUUAAGAGCGGUACGCUGGAGGGUAUCAGUGGUGGCGGUAGUACGAUUCUGCUGCAAUCGGACGCACUCAAGAAAGGUACCACGCUGGAGGUGGGCACAUCGUCCGCAUCGGGCAGUACCGGUGGGCCGAUCUUUCUACAGCAACGGUUGAGCAAAAAUGGCACCGAAGGUCCGAUUCUGUUGCGCACGCUUAAACGACUUGAUAAAUCGCAGUCGAUUUUGGUGAUUCGGAAUGCCACCACGGCCGGUACGGUUGCAACGGCCGGCAGUACGAUGGUGGCGGCUUCGGCCGCUGCUUCCGGCGGUAUCUCGGUGUCGACGGCCGGUGGUGCCACGCUGGCCAAAGUGAAACCGAUUUCGACGCCUACAACGACGGUGGUCACUGUGACGGCUGCUCCGGUCGGUGCCGGCAAUGUCGGCGGUGCAAUCGCGCGGCGCGUGCAGGAGGAAGCGGAAGAGAAAAAGGAACCGGUCGUGGUGGCGAAGGUAGUCCACAAGACGAACAACAUGCCGUUGGGAACAGAUGGUGAACCGAUCAAACUUCCGGAUAAUUUGGAGAGUUUACCCCGGGCAGACCAUUUCCCAACCCAACGACACCGGUGGAAUACCAAUGAGGAAAUUGCGGCCAUCCUAAUCAGCUUCGACAAACAUUCCGAGUGGCAGUCGAAGGAGGUGAAAACCAGACCAAAAAGUGGUUCGAUGCUGUUAUACUCCCGGAAAAAAGUGCGCUACCGACGCGAUGGUUACUGCUGGAAAAAGCGCAAAGAUGGCAAAACAACCCGCGAAGACCACAUGAAGCUGAAGGUGCAGGGUACGGAAUGCAUCUACGGUUGCUAUGUCCACUCGGCCAUCCUGCCAACGUUUCAUCGGCGCUGCUACUGGCUGCUGCAGAACCCCGACAUCGUGCUCGUACACUACCUGAACGUUCCAUACCCGGACGACAACAAGAUGGCAGUGAUCACACCGAACCUGGCGCUCUGGGGUGACAAGAAGGAAUGGACGAAGGAGGAGCUGGUAAGCCAGCUGAAGCCAAUGUUUUUUCCCACAGUUUUCAGCGAGGACGAACCGGACACGGCGAACGAGAUUGAAAUCUCGACGGCCGAAACGGUGGAAGCGAUCGUAAGCCAGCUGAUGGAGAAGCAGCGAAUGGCGCGGCAAACCGCCCUGGUGAAGCAGCUCGAGUGUGGCUGCCCGGAUGCGAACUGUGCCGAUGGGAAAUCGUGUUCCCAUCCGAUGCGACGCAUCAGCGCAGCGAAGAGCGUACAGGAGCUGGGCAAACGGACGGAUGGACAUGGUGGUGGGACGGCACCGAAUGUGCUGAUCGGUUCCCGGAUGUAUCCCCGGUGGUUGGAUAAUCGAAGGAUGGCAACGGGACGGGUUGAGCAGCAGCAGCAGCAGCAACAGCAGCAACCGCAACAGCAACACCCGCAGCACACCAUCCUCGACCCGAAUGGUGCGCGUGCCAUCACGCCGAAGACGCUCGAUUCGUCGAUACACUUCCAAGUCAUUCCUACCUCGGCCCAGAGCCUCACCGGCCAGAAUUCAAUUAGGCCCGGCAAUCAGAACCCAUCCGGGCUGGUUUCGCUGAGCGGCAGUAACAGUAGCUCACAAUUAACAAGUGUCAGUAGUCACAUUACAAACGGCAUUGGCGGUGGCUCGCAGGGCAAUCAUCUCGGAGGACAUCGAUCGGCCAUGAUUAUCACAACCAAUCAGCAUCAGCAGCAACACCACCAACAGCAGCAGCAACACCCACAUCACCAUCCCCAGCAACAGCAUCCCAAUGUGCAUUCGCACCAUGGACAUCCUCAGCAUGCUCAACAGCAACAUACGCUUACGAUGAACGGUAGCAGUAAUACGUCCAGCAGCAGCAGCAGCAGCAACAGCAACAGCACCAACAGCAAUAACACCACCAACACCAGCGGUAGCAAUCAAUUAACCGCGAUUGGCCACUCCAAUCAAGUGACAUCAUCGAAUGGCAGCGGUGCCGGCACUGGCACGGACCGGUCCAGCACUGUGAACGGUGUACCUGCGGGAGCCCGGGAUGCGAACAUCAAUCUAAACGGCAGCAACGAGAAUCAUAUAUCAAUGAUCGGGUCCACCGGUCAAACCAAUCGUCCAUCGAAUACGCACGGUGCGAAUCAGCGGUCCGGCACGGAUGACUCGAGUGGAGUUGCGAAUGGGUCUGGACUGAUGUCGAGCGGACCAAGUGCCAACGGACAGGGCGGCCAGAGUGCGACGGUUCAUCAUAAUCGAAUUACGAUUAAUGGCAACAGUGCAUCGGUUGCGACAUCGACCCCACCGCUGGUGCUUAGCUUGGGUCAGAACCUUGGAGCGCCUGGUAGUUUGUUGAUACUAAACGGCCAACAGCAGUCGUACGUGUGCCAAUCGCAGCACCCAAAGCCGAACGAUAAGGAUGCGGAUGCGACCAUCAAAACGGAAGCUUCUUCCAGCUCGAUCGCGAAGCAAGAAAUGAUGGAUGCAUCAUCAUCACCCGUACCAUCCCUAACGCACCAUCAGACGAGACAGCCCUCACAACCAGCGAGUAGUUCACCGUCUUCGGCCGCAACGGGCGGGUCCACCUCCGAGAAGCAAUCGUUCGAGAGUAUAUUCGGCUAUCAGGACCACACGCCAAUGGCGAGCCCGGUGCAGAGCAUGGAGAACAGUGGCCCCGCACAUCACCACGACAAUCUGCCCUUCUUCAACGAAACGCUCGAUCUGUCCCAGGAGGAUAUUCAGAAGACGCUUAGCGCCAAUAUGCCGCUGGGAGGGCACGUUCCCGGGCACGACAGCACGCCGACCGAUGACGCGAUGAACGGUGAGAUCAACCCGAUGGACUUCAUCGAGAACUGUGGUGAUGUGAACCACGGUACGGUGGAUGAUGAUGUGUUCGUUAAUCUGGAUGCGUUUGACAUGCUGGUGGAGUUCCCGGAGCUGGAGCUGGACGCAAAGAAUGAGUUUUUGCGCGAUGGCACCGAUGACGGGACGGACGAUACGACCGGUGGUGGAGACCUCGCUGGCGAUAGUGGUAGCGAGCUCGGGCAGUACAAGCACCACGUGCAGAACGAGCAGCAGCAACAACCAUCCCAGCCGAUCACGAACGCGUCCACCAUUACGGACUUUAGUCCGGAGUGGGCAUAUCCGGAGGGUGGCAUCAAGGUGCUGGUGACCGGACCGUGGAGUGCCAGCUCCGCCUAUACAGUAUUAUUCGAUUCGUUCCCGGUGCCGACAACGCUCGUGCAGGACGGUGUGCUCCGGUGCUACUGUCCGGCGCACGAGGUCGGCGUCGUGACGCUGCAGGUCGCCUGUGAUGGUUUUGUGAUAUCCAAUGCGGUCAACUUUGAGUACAAAUCUCCGCCAAAGUUCGAGACGAAAUGUGAGGGUAACGGUAACGAUAUGCUGUACAAGUUUAAUCUGCUGAACCGUCUCGAAUCGAUCGACGAGAAGCUACAGAUAAAGGUCGAACCGGGGGAGUUGCCCGAAGAUACGCUUCUCUUUAAGCAAAACAACUUUGAGGAUCGUCUGGUCAACUAUUGUGAGACACUGACGGCAAAAAUGUGGCGCUCCGUAACUCCGGGACCGUUUAUCGAUAAGCACCAGGGAAUGACACUGCUCCAUCUGGCAGCGGCACUCGGAUAUGCUAAGCUGGUGCGCACGAUGCUCACCUGGAAGGCAGAAAACUCGAACGUCAUCCUGGAGGCUGAAAUCGACGCACUCAGCCAAGAUAAGGACGGUUACACGCCUCUGACACUGGCCUGCGCCCGGGGACAUACCGAGACGGCCAUCAUACUGUACAAGUGGAACCAGAACGCGCUGAACGUACGCAACCACGCGCAGAAGAGCCCGGUCGAGGUGGCCCGUGACUACGGCCACGGUGAGCUAGCGCGGGAACUCGAACGGCAGGAAAAGGAGCGACUCCACAUCCAGCAGCGCACACCAACGAGUGCUUCCAUUCCGACGCUUGCCUCCAUCUCGUCGUCCACGACGGCUUCUUCCAGCACGAUUUCCGCUUCCUCCGCUUCGCCAAACACAUUGCCAACCAGCUGCUCGAACCACUCUUCCAGCGCCUCGUCACCGGCGGUCUCACCCGCGCAGACAUCCGCCGGACCGGAUGCCGCUGGUACAACCGGCUCGACGACCGGUCGAUUUUCCGGUACCGAUCUUCUUAGCAAUCUGAACGAAAGCAAUAGUAGCAGUAGUAACAGUAGCAACAGCAGUUCCGCCAGCAAUAGCAGCAGUACCGGUGCGGACUGCAAGCCGACGGACGGUAAUAACAACCUGCACGCCAAUGCCGGGGGCGAUAUGCAUUCGCUGGCGAACGAUGUAUCCGGCACGAUGCACAACUUCCUGAACCUGAAUCAAAUCUUCAGCUACGGCGAGGGCUUACAUGGUGCGAAUAGUGACAGCUGUAGUAACGACAACUUCGGUCUGGUGGCGGCCUUUAAUCCAUCCCUCUCGCCGACCGCCUUGUCGCCGUACAGCGAGAUGAAGGGUUCCUGCUCGUCAACGGGUUCCCAGUCGGGAGGGUUGCACUAUGGGCUGGAGAAUACCAACUCCAAUCCGAUGCUGUCCAAUGCGCUGUCACCGAACUCGGACAGCAAUCGUAGCCACGAUGGUGUGUUCUUACGUCCCGGUGCCGUCUAUUCGAGUCAAAGUCCUCCGGGUGCGCGGCUUUCCAAACGCUCCUCGAUCGACAGUGGCAUCAAUAUGGACAACCGCUCCGGCGGGCUUAGCCGGACGGGCAAAACGUUCCGCGAUGCGCAGCGCACAAACCGCAUGGAUCGGAGCAUGUCACUACCGCUGGCAUCGGGCGGUGGACAGCCGAGUGGCAAAAUUCAACCCGGUACACCUUCCAGCACUGCUGGCGGUGAUCGAGAUACGGACAGCUUCUCGCUGUCGCUAAGCGAACGCACUACCGAGUCACCGUCGCAGGUGUCGAGCAAUGUGUCGCUGUUGUCACCAUUGCGCAAAAUGGACUUUGCACUGUGUGAGGUAUCGGCCACGGAAAGCAGCCCAAUGUGCGAGGACGCUGACUCACUGCAGGAGGAUGACUGUCACCUGCCGCACCAUCAGCUUCCCGAUAGUAUGGAUAUGGGUCAGGGGGCCAGUGGGAAUGGUGCCGGUGCCGUGACGAACGCCGUAGGGGAUUCCGAUGCGAAGGUACUUACACUAGCCGAGCAGAUCAUCGCCGCCAUGCCAGAGCGUAUUAAGAACGAAUCCGAAGAAACUAUGUACCUUGGCAGUCCGUUGCCAGAUUCUUUGAACGAGGAUACAUCCGGAAUGGGUAUAUUGAAUGAUACCUUCAUGGAGCCGUUGCUCGAUUCGCUUCCUUCGUCACAGUUUGAUCAGGAGUUUAAUUUUGAGUUCAGCGACCAUAACUACCGUUAUCAUGACGUCGGUACACCCUGCUCUAGCCUCAGUCCAGCAUCUUCUGGUCCGCUUCAGUCGCCUGCCAGUUAUUCCAUACCGCAAGAUCAUCCGGUUGGGUCACCGAGUCCACCUCCAACUACGCAAGACUUUACCGAAUUUCUACAGUCCUCGAACAGUACUGUGCGACCGUUUGAAGCCGAUUUCUCCAACCUGAAGCUAAAUGAUCGUGAGCAGCGUGAACUUUACGAGGCGGCAAAAUGCAUCCAGAAGGCGUACCGGUCCUACAAAGGGCGGAAAAGCCGCAUGGAGGAACAGGACAAGGAGCGUACGGCGGCCGUUGUGAUACAGAACUACUAUCGGCGGUACAAGCAGUACGCGUACUACCGGCAGAUGACGCAGGCCGCCCUCGUCAUCCAGAACGGUUACCGGUCGUACUGUGAGAACAAGCGGUUCAAAAAAUCCCAAACCUCCCAGCAGCAGCAGCAGCCGGUGACGAGCAGCGAGGAAGACAAGGCAUCCGCACAGUGUCUCGAAACGUACUACCAAAACUUCCGCAACGAGCAGAAGCAGCAACAAUCGCCUCAGCAGCAACAGCAGAACAAUCAACCGGGAGGUUCCAUCUCGAAGGAACCAAGUCCGUCGGGUCCCUUAAAACGAACCUAUUCGCAACGAACACAAAAUCAGGCCGCUAGAAAGAUACAGCAGUUUAUGAGACAAUCGAAAAAUAAUACAUGGGAUGAGCAAAUGACUAACUUGGCUACAGAGAGAACGAGCCGAAAAAGAGAGGCUGGUCCACCUACGCAGGGUGGAGUACCUCCAAAGCUUGCAGUGUCACGAACACCCCGAGGCACAGCCUACCAACGCUCCAAAGUGAACUGAAGCAGGUUGCAAACAUACGGUUGGCGUUACUCGAAUAGAUGACUGGCCGCGCUUGGCGUCAUCAAACUCCAAUGCGCAUAAGGCAUCGCCAAAAUGCAUCACAUCAAGUAGACGUUACUUACAUUAGCUAUUAGCAUUCGGUAUUUGUUUGACCUUUAGGGAAAUAUUUGCGUUCACGUAGCCUUUACUCGUGUAGCAAAUCGUAAUUUGUUCUGUUACUUUCUUUACCGUAGCACGUCAAACGAAUGCUUCGUUGUUAUGUUUUUAAAGUUAAUAGAACAUACAAGAACAAAAAUUAACAGCCGUCCCAGCAUUGCGUUACGUAGCGUUUCGUUUGCAUCGCGCGCGUGUGAAAUAUUUCACACCGGGUAACGCUCGACUGAAAUGUUUCAGCAACAUUGCGCUAGGUGGCGCUAGCAAUGCGUUGAGAGAUGUUAGGACUACCGCCGUUAAAAAGUGCAGUUGGUGGUUAAAAAAAAAGUUAUCAAACAAAGCAAAUAAUGUAAAAUAUAUAAAAAAGCAAACUGGUGUUAAUGGGAGCGUUUAAUCUGAUACCUGAAAUUUUAGUAGAAAAUUCUAGUUAAAUAAUGUUCUCGAGCGCGUGUUACAAGUGGAGAGCAGGAUGGAAACCGCAAGAAGAAAAGUAAUACUACACUAGCAAAACGUCAAAGGACGAAGAAAUGCUGAUACAAAUGUGAUUUCCAACUCUUUUUAAACAAACACGUGCUCGUCUCUCUCUCGAGUAUUGUUAGUUGUGGAGCGCAAGUGCGUGUCCCGAGUGCGAGUGUUGCCAAUGUACUGGGAAGGCGUGCAAGGCAGAGCAGACUUAUUUUCAAUGAUGAAAUGAAAAUGGCAAAAUGGCUACCGAGGAUACGGUACAAAGUAGUGUAGAAACGAUUAUUUAUAUAUAGACAAUGCAGACAAACGACACACACCGUCGUGUGCAUCGUUGGUCUAUGGUGGUGAAGAAAAUAGAUGAUAAAGUUCAUCGGUCGAAAGAAUCCUUCGCAAUGGGGAUAGUUGGAGGUAUGUCGAUGUACAGGCUAGAAGCAGUUGUUACGGUUCUUGUUUUAUUUAACUGAUGAAACUUUUUUACACUAGACACCACGUAGUGAUUAUCGAGGGAUGGGAAAAUAGAAACAUCUAUUUAUAGUCUUGCGAUCAAAACCACACCUACACACAUACACAGUGCAAGUUUGCUGACUUUAGCUCUAAGCAUAUUCCCGGCACCAUUUCACAGUCGCGCUGGGAAAGCGUUUUGUACAUACACAGGUUGAUCAGGCGUGGAAUAUAUGGGUACCGUCAAACAGUGAUUUUCUAUUUAAUUGUUAACUUUUGUUAAAUUGAACUAGAUGCUAUACCUAAAGCUAACAUCAUUCACAACUCGAACAAAACAGCUCUAGCAAAAGGGUGGAUGGUUACACUACCAUUUAGCGAGUGCGUGCGUGUGUGCGUGUGUAUAUUUGUGUAAAAAAUUGCGAAUUAAACAGUUUGUAGCGUGAGGAACAGAGCAAUGGCGAGGAUGCGGACGAUAACGAGAAAGGAGGAAGAAACGAAAGCGAUCAAUGCUACCUAUAUAGACAUAUACAUAAAAGUGACAUAUACAUAUAUACAAGCUAACUAUUUAUCUCUUUUUUACAACGUUUCGAAACUGAUAAACGUAAAGGCAGAAAACGUGAAGUAUGAAUCGCGCCCCAUUCGCAACCAUCCCUUUCAAGCGAUUAGACACAACAAAACCUGUUAAAAAUCUGUGAGGCACUAGCCGGUAGGGAAAUGCAGCUGCCCAGCUGCCGUUGUUUACUCGUCGCUCGAAUGGGUUGACACUGUGUGCGUCCAUCUUAUGACUUUCAAGCAGUAAAAUUACAAAUCUAUCUACAAUCUGGUAAGCAGAUACGUCACGGGUCAGGUGGAUCUAAAUCAAAUCAAAGCAAAAGUGUAGUACAUUACACGCAAAAGUAAAACGAAGUCUAAUACCUGAAUAACAAGGAUACGAAGGAGACAAAAGAAAGACGGAGGUGCAUUGUGAGAUAAGAAAGGCAAGUACCGAUCCGUUUCGUACCAGUGUUCUCUUUCGGCUGGCAAAAACUAAACCAGGCAAAAAGGCUUCAUAUAAGAAAUAAAAUUAAAAAAAAAACAAUGAGGAAGAUAAAAAGCCAUGGACAACAACAAAGAAAUGUGACAAAAUUUUGAAACUUGAAACAAUUUACACUCUCAGCUACUUGCCAUUUUGCACUAUCAAGCGCGCGUAUUCGAUUUUCCCGAUCGCGGAUCGAUUAAUAACUCUAACGGUAUCGAUUAUAUACAUUAACUAAAGCUAAUCUGCUACAGCGGGGCUGGGGUGAAAUCGAUCGUUUGCAGCACAUUCGUACACCAGUGUAUAUACUUAAAACGAAAAAAAAAACAUAUAUAUUUGACAGAAAUGCGAUGAGAGCUAUAUAUAUACAUAUACAUACAUUAUAUAUAUGCAUACAUUACAUAAACAAAUCAUGCAUAGUUACAUACCUACUUACCUUACCGGUUUAAGCAGCAGAGACGCAAGGAGUUAACGACGAGUUCCAGUUUAAAAUUUUUCUCCAUUUGCAUAAGAAAGAAAACAAACACAACAACAACAAAAAAACGACAACACUAGAAAAUUGAUAGAUGACAAAUGAUAGGUACGGUUUAAGCAUUCUUUACAUUCUUCUUGCGAUAGGAAAGUAGAAUAGCAUUACGAAAAACAAAAGCAAAACAAAAAAAAACUCUUCAUACACACAGCAGAACGUACUAAAUCUAAAACUAACAUCAAUCUUUACGCAUUAAAUCAUGUAAGGAGAGCAAAAAAACAAAGAAUUAAAGUUUAAAACCCGCAAACACAUAUAUAAAAACACACAAAUAGGAUAGCGCUAGUAUAAGACAGGUAACAAAGCAAAACAACAGAUGGAACAGGAAACAAAAAAGAGUACCACAUUACAACAAUACGGAAUUGAAUGUCGUUCCGAAAUAGUUCCGGUUUGAAGAGUUUAAAGACAGCGUGGUAAACGAGUGUUUGGUUGGAGUUUUUUCGCAUUCACACUGCACAAAAGGAAACAUGAGUUAAUGAAAAACAAAACGAGACAUGGGAAGGAUGUAAUGUUUAAGAAAUUGCUUAGAAAACAUAGAAGAGAAGGAGUUUACUUAGAACGAGCGAAACAAUGUGUUAAACAGAAGCGUGAAAGCAAUUUUUCUUGUAUUGUGUAUCAUUUGUUGCUCUUCGGUUAUGUCUUUUCGGAGGCUUUGCGUUUAUGGAAUCUGUUAGAUACACAGCAGUAACUAUCGUACGGUGUACAGCUUUAAACCAAACACGCAUUACAGUGAAGUUGUGCUCUUUUUACGGUUUUUUCCUAGUUGGAUAAGGAAGUUCGGUCUCGUUUCAGUAAGUUAGUUUUUCAAAUUUUCCUUAUUGAAUUCCAUUUUACGGCAAAACCCCAGCAAGAGAAUGCCCUGUCCUUCUAAGCAAUCAGGAAGGCUUGAACAGUUCCGGCAGCUGCACCGCAACAUACCGUCGCAACAUAUCAAAACACCCGCGCGACAAGGAAAGGCGCUACGCUUCGCCUGCCCAACGGAGGUCACACGUGCUUGGCCGUUGCCGUAUUUUCACUUUUGAAUGGCAGCAACAAUGUUGAACGCGGAAAGAAAUGGUUCAAAGUCAGGUCGGAAAAUCGGGGAAAUCCUUCCUGCUAAUUGGGCGUUACAUUUACGCAACGGACAGUUCCGCCGAUGCGUGACAGAUGAGACGCUGCUGGUGCAUAAUUUCCACGCAUCGUAACGCGCGCCCAAAAACGGUAGGAAGAUGGAGUUGGUUUAAAGUUUUGCCAAACUGUGAAGUAAGCGGUUUUUUUUUCUCUCCAUCGAUUCACCUGACCAUGGUGGCUCUGCUGGGGGAGGUGUUGCAGCAUCGAGACGUUGCAAAAAAGCCGACGCUUGAUCGUACCGGUAAAGGUUACUUCAGCACAGCUGAUAACAAUGUUUAUCGUUCUUUCGUUUGGUUUUGUGUCGGUUUCGGUUGCACCUUCAUUAGCGUACGAUUGCUUUUUUCACGUAUAGUGGCAACUGGCGAAGUGUGUAUCAUAUCAGGGAAAAUCGAAAGUUUGGCCCAGUCAGCGGGUCAGAGCAUGGUGAUGCAAACUUUUCGGAACAAAUCGGAAAAUUACCAACAACUAAAUACGUCCAAUGGGAAAAUUUCAGGAUCCCACAAUCACAGUACAUAGCCAUAGUUCACACAAUUCCAACCGCAGAAACGCAAUGCAAUUUCUCAGCUACUAUUUAGUCAAGUAAACUCGAAACGGAAACGGCUUUAAGCGAGUGUGGAAAGGAAGCUGUGUGCAACAACAUACAUGAAGGUGUGAUACAGCUGGUGGAAAACGGUUACAACGGUUGUGUGGUUCAGAGGGAAGAAUCUGGCGGUUCACAACCUUCUUUUCCCAACACUGCACCACCCUUUUUCUUACACCCAUUUUACAACGUUCAACCUGUUACAAGGCACUUAGAAACACUUAAACCUCUCUCUUUCUCUCUCUCUCUCUUCCUUCAUCAGGCUCAUGGAGAGUUCAGAGUCUGACGACUGUGAAGGAUACGAAAAGUAUUAAACACAAACACCUUUCUCACGCGCAACCAUGCACAUUAUCCAAGAUGGUGCAACUCUAGAGUGAUCUAUUAAUGAAUUUAUCUAGCUAGGCCUCAAAACUGUAGUGACAAUGGAAUGGAAGCGGGAUGAUGUGAAAAUGGAAGCAAAAGAAAAACAAAACGAAAUUUACCCACUUCUAUGGUAGAGCGAAAACUUCCUCCUUUAGUGAAUGAGCGUGAAUGAAAGCAGUAACAAAUCAAAUCAAUCUUAAAUGCUAACUCCCAAACCGAAUGCUGCGAUUCAAACCAAUUGAUACAAAACAAGCAAGCAUAGAGAAGUUUCUAGUGAUAUUCGAUUUCUUCUGUCUUCUUAUAAUAUAAUACACAGAACGAUAUACUUCACAGCCAUACUUCACACACCGACACAUAGAAUAAAUGCCCUGUGCCCUCGUUACUUAUGGGGGCAAGCGUUACUAAAUCUCGUUGAGGACAGAGACACUGGGACGGCUACGUUUAUAACUCUAUUUUUAUACAGCAAAGCUAGUUAUCUUAUGCUACCGUAGAACCGUAGUGAUCAGAGGUAAAUUGACACUAACCGUGUACUCUCCCUCCCUUCCCCUCUCCCGCUCCCUUCCCUUCUCCCUUCCUUUCUAUUUACAUCUCAAUCUCUCUUACACUCUGCAACUAGAGCGUUAGCAAGGUGCCAUAAGCAAUCACAGUCUACUUCGACCGUAGUAAUAAUACUUUUGCUAAGCUAAAUUCUCGCAACGAUCAAUAAGGGAGAGAUGGUAAGGGUGAAUAAAUGGGUGAAUCCACAAGACAAAAACAAUCUACCCAAGAACGUGUUCUUUCAUUCCAACUAUUUCCCGUGACUAUGCGUGACUAUGCAAAUCGUGGUGAUCGGUAGCUUUUCUGCGCACGUAGGUAUAGGUUUUAGGAGACCUAUGAGUCCUAGAGGGUUCUUUCUCCCGUUUCGAGCUCCCAUUUUGUAUGAAUUGGAUGAUCGCUUUGAAGACAAGCAAAACAAACUACCUUUAAAUUUCGCGUUGACCUACUUUACUUUUCACUGACACACACACACAUUCUCUUUCACUCUUUAUCUCUAUCUCGCUCUCUUUCUCUCUUGCAUAAUCUGUUCUAUGUUGGAAGUGAAAGAAAAUGGGGACGAUAGUUUGCUUCAAGGGUUUUUUGGUGGUCUGGUAGGGACAGUUUUCUAAGGCACAUACACAUAGUUGACACAGCACACCCUCUCUCACGGUUACCACCCUCUGGUUCCUCUGCGCAAAUCGUUCAUUGUCGAUAGGAAGCUACCAAUCCAGGGAAUGUAGAUGGGAGAAAUGUGUUAGAACAAAUACGAUAUCCAGUCAGUGCACGUCACUUACAGCAAGAUUAGGAGCAAAUUUUCCCUGUUUGAAGCUAGUUUAUUUCCGUAACGCACAUACUUAUCAAUCUAAGAUGAACUUGAUGAACUUAAACCUAAACAUCACACAUACACUGAACAAAAACCUAGCAAUUACCGCUCCUAAUCGAACGAAAUGGUACUAAGAACGAAGAAAAUGAAUUGGGAAAGAGGAAAAAAGAGAACUAAAAACAAAAAUAGAACAAAAGUUCUACACAAAAAACAAUAGAAAAUAAAAGUGAGAUAUGUAAAGGUAACAGUUAAGCAACAAAACACACCACAUACAACUAUUACAACACAGCAACGUAAAGGUAACGAUAUGGCUGGGCAAGAGAGUAGGGAAGAGCGAAAAAUAAUAUUUGAAUAAACACUACAAAAACACAUGAUUAAAAAUAACAAGCAAGCUUUAAAAUAUUUUUAAACAAAAGCCACAGCUCAGGUGCGUGGCAAGUUAAGUAAAAAAAGAGAGCGAGAGAAGUAAAAACAAAAGAAGAGGAACUUAGAAAAGCAACGCAAGAGGAAGAAAAUGCUAUAAAUAAAUAUAUAAAUCAUUUCCCACACACACACACAACCACACCUAUGCGAAUGAUAACAAUUACUAGAUUUGACAAGUUCUCAACGCAAAACAAAAAAGAAACAGUAAUGUUGUUUUGCGAAAAACCGAUUGCACUAGACACGCGCAUAAGCAGAAGAGAAUUAAUUGUUAAGUAAAAAACACCAAUAAAAAAGAGUAAAUAAAGCAAAACAAAACAAAACGAAAUAAACACAAAAAAAAACAUAGCAUCUCCUGUGACAAAUCAAGCUUAGUGACCGCG